AAUUUUUGGUUUACGAGCUCAGUUGUCAACGCAAUCCAAUCCCAAUCCAACAAAAUCAUGAAGUUUUUCCUUUUGUCCGUGCUCCUUUGCUUGCUGGUUGUGGCUCUGGUGUCUGCUGUGCCCGUGGACGAAUCGCAGCUAGGCGACAAUAUCUACGAUCAAUUCGAUGAUGUGCACAAUCCCCACGACCCUCAGGCCAUCUUCAAGCUGAAGAAACUCAAGAAACUGAUUCUGCUGGGCUAAAGAUACGUUUCCAAGCUCAACCUGACUCUAGUCCAUGUACAAACUUCUUCAUUAUACACACACACACUUACACUUACACAUAUGUAUACUUAUGCUGGGAACCCUAACCUCUCCGCUUGGGCUUAGGCAGUUUGCUGCAUUUGACCUUUGGCUUAGAGCGUUUUGCGUUAUUUGUAACUAAAUAAAUUUACUCUAAACAUGA